CUACGAUUCAAAAUAGCACAUUGUUACUAUCAAUUGUUAAAAUACCCAAUAAUAUUACAGAUGUUAAUUCUGUUCACGUUUACAUAUAAUUAGUAAUAUAAUCAAUAACUUUUAAUGUAAGUUCAAGGUUUUUGCAACGAAAUGUAGUUCCACCAAAGAAAAGCUCUUCCCUCUUCAAUGUUACUAAACUACAACAAAAAGGGUUAUGAAACGAGGACCUUUGUCCCUUUCAAUUGUAAAGAGUCAGGCGAGAGAGCAAGAUUCACUUGCACAGCAAAAUACUCAAGACCGACAAAUGUAUAACGAGAUAAUGAAGUUUUGUACCAUAUACAAUAAGGCAUGCAACCUUGUUGAAAAUCAAAAUCAAUGCAUGGCAGCCGAGGGAAUGGCAAAUAUUGUAAGAGUCAUUUUACAAGAUUAUUAUAAAGUUGUAGCACAACUUAACACCGAGGUAAGAAUUCAUCUAGAAUAG